AUGGGCUGGAGAGCUACAGCUCUAUACGAUUGCGCGCCCGAUGCCGACGACGAGCUUGGAUUCAAGGCUGGUGAUUGCAUUCUCGUCACGGACGACAGCGACCCUAGUUGGUUCCGAGGCGAGUGCGGCGGCGCGGAAGGCGUCUUUCCAAGCAACUACAUC